GGAUGGCGUGCGCAGGCGCAGGACCGGUUUCGGGAGCGUGAGGGACCCUGCGGACCGGAAGUUGAGGCGUUCGCGGCGGCGAACGAGGGCCCGAGAUCCCAGCAUGAACUUGUGUCCAUCCCAGAGAUCACCACAGGAGUCAUGAGGUGCCCUGUGUGUCACCAGCUUGACCCGGGCCGCAGGGCAUUUACUCUGCCAGCACCUGCGUGAUCCUAUCGCACCCCUGAGGAGGAAAUUAGCUUUUUGAAGACAAAGUGCUUCCUUAUUGCAGGCACUGGCCUCUCACUGCAGGAGGUGGGGAAUAUCUGGUCUAGGUGAUCAGAACUGAGGCCAGUUUUGUGACAACACUGGGAUUCGCCACGGCAUGCCGCCUCCCAGAACAAGGGAGGGCAGGGGUCCCCGAGACCGGCCCCCGGCUCCCAGUCAGGAAGAGGACCCGGAGAAAUGGGACUGGAAUUGUCCAGAGACACGUCGCCUCUUCGAGGACGCCUUCUUCGGUGAUGAGGAUUAUAUCCGGCAGGGUUCUGAGGAGUGCCAGAAGUUCUGGACCUUCUUUGAACGCUUGCAGAGAUUCCAGAAUCUCAAGACCACCAGGAAGGAGGAGAAAGACUCUAGGCAUCCCAAGCGCAGCAUCCCGGCACUGGCUGACCUACCUCGCGCUUAUGACCCACGCUACCGCAUCAACCUCUCCGUCCUCGGCCCCGACACUCGGCGCUCUCGGGGGCUAGGCAGGCGCCUGGCCCCGGAGAGAGUGUCUGAGUUCCGCCAAGCCCUGUUGCACUACCUGGACUUUGGCCAGAAGCAGGCGUUUGGGCGGCUGGCCAAACUGCAGCGUGAGCGCAUGGCACUGCCCAUCGCCCAGUAUGGGGAUCGCAUCCUGCAGACGCUGAAGGAGCAUCAGGUGGUGGUGGUGGCAGGUGACACGGGCUGCGGCAAGUCCACUCAGGUGCCCCAGUACCUGCUGGCCGCUGGCUUCAGCCACGUGGCAUGCACCCAGCCCCGGCGAAUCGCCUGCAUCUCACUGGCGAAGCGGGUCGGCUUUGAGAGCCUCAGUCAGUAUGGCUCACAGGUCGGCUACCAGAUCCGUUUUGAGAGCACACGCUCGGCGGCCACCAAGAUUGUGUUCCUGACAGUGGGGCUGCUCCUGAGGCAAAUCCAGCGGGAGCCCCGCCUGCCGCAGUACCAGGUCCUGAUCGUGGAUGAAGUCCACGAGCGGCACCUCCACAACGACUUCCUCCUGGGUAUCCUCCGGCGCCUGCUGCCCCAGCGACCUGACCUCAAGGUCAUCCUCAUGUCAGCCACCAUCAACAUCUCGCUCUUUUCCAGCUACUUCGGCAGUGCCCCCGUGGUACAGGUGCCCGGGAGGCUCUUCCCCAUCACGGUUGUGUACCAGCCGCAGGAGGCCGAGCCGACAACAUCCAAGUCGGAGAAGCUGGACCCGCGGCCCUUCCUCAGGGUGCUGGAGGCCAUUGACAAUAAGUACCCACCCGAGGAGCGGGGUGACCUCUUGGUCUUCCUCAGUGGCAUGGCGGAGAUCAGCGCCGUGCUCGAGGCCGCCCAGACCUACGCCAGCCACACCCAGCGCUGGGCGGUGCUGCCGCUGCACAGUGCCCUCUCUGUGGCCGACCAGGACAAGGUGUUCGACGUGGCCCCACCUGGAGUCCGGAAGUGCAUCCUCUCCACCAACAUCGCUGAAACCUCAGUCACCAUUGAUGGGAUCCGCUUUGUCGUAGAUUCUGGGAAGGUGAAGGAGAUGAGCUAUGACCCGCAGGCCAAACUGCAGCGGCUGCAGGAGUUCUGGAUCAGUCAGGCCAGUGCUGAGCAGCGUAAGGGCCGGGCGGGCCGCACGGGCCCUGGUGUCUGCUUCCGCCUCUAUGCCGAAUCGGACUACGAUGCCUUCGCCCCCUACCCUGUCCCGGAGAUUCGGAGGGUCGCCCUGGAUGCACUGGUGCUGCAGAUGAAGGGCAUGAGUGUGGGGGACCCCCGAACCUUUCCCUUCAUCGAGCCACCCCCACCAACCAGCUUGGAAACGGCCAUCCGCUACCUCCGGGACCAGGGGGCCCUGGACAGCUCAGAGGCCCUCACCCCCAUUGGGUCCCUGCUGGCCCAGCUGCCUGUGGACGUCGUGAUUGGGAAGAUGCUGAUCCUGGGCUCCAUGUUCCACCUGGCGGAGCCUGUGCUCACCAUCGCCGCCGCCCUCAGCGUCCAGUCGCCCUUCACCCGCGGCGCCCAGAGCAACCCCGAGUGUGUGGCGGCGCGGCGACCCCUGGAGAGUGACCAGGGUGACCCCUUCACGCUCUUCAACGUCUUCAACACCUGGGUGCAGGUGAAAUCUGAACGGAGCAGAAACUCUCGCAGGUGGUGCCGCCACCGGGGCAUAGAGGAGCAUCGGCUGUAUGAGAUGGCCAACCUGCGGCGCCAGUUCAAGGAGCUGUUGGAAGACCACGGGCUGCUGGCCAGGGCCCAGGCCUCGAAGCCGGGGGACAGCUACAGUCGGCUACAGCAGCGUCGGGAGCGCCAGGCGCUCUACCAGCUGAAGCGCCAGCAUGAGCAGGGCCAGGGACGCAGGCGCAAGGUGCUGCGGCUCCAGGAGGACCAGGACGGCUGCUCCAGCGAUGAGGACCGGGGCGGCGCAGCCUCGCAGGGGGGCGGCGACAACGUGGACAUCCAGGAUGUGAAGUUUAAGCUCCGGCACAACCUGGAACAGCUGCAGGCGGCCGCCAGCUCAGCCCAGGCCCUGACUCGGGACCAGAUGGCCCUGCUCAAGCUGGUGCUGGGCCGGGGCCUCUACCCACAGCUUGCCAUCCCGGACCCGUUCAACAGCGGCCGCAAGGACUCGGACCAGAUCUUCCACACCGAGACCAAGCAGGGCGCCGUGCUGCACCCCACCUGCAUCUUCGCCAACAGCCCUGAGGUGCUGCACACACAGGAACAGGAGGCCAGGGGCGGCGAUGGGAGCCGAGAUGACAAGGACAAGAUGAGCAGCAGGCACCAGCUCCUCACCUUCGUCUCCCUGCUGGAGACCAACAAACCGUACCUGGUGAACUGUGUCCGCAUCCCCGCUCUGCAGGGAACAGCUGGAGCAGAGUCAGUGAGGGGGAGCAUGGCUGGAGAAGAGGUCAGGGAGGCAGGUGAGACUGGAUCCCCCUCCCCCCCACCACCAGAGGGUUCUGAGCAGAGCCGGGACAGGGUCUGACACGGGGCAGAGGCCAGGAGCCCAGCAAGGAGGCGACUGAGGUCGUAGGGCAGAAGCGGAUGGUGCUGGAGGCUGAGAACGUGCUCAGAUUGCAGAUAUACGUGCGUAUGUGUGUCUGCAGCCAGGAAGGGGGGUUCCUGACAGCAGUAGCUGCCACACCUGUGUGCCCACUGUGGCCACCCUGCGGUUCCAGGCCUGGCCACAAGUCUCACUUUAUAGGGGAGAAGAUGGGGCUGGGUGCAGGGGGCAGUGAGGAGGAGGGCGUGUCCCUUGACUAAGCCACACAGUGGCUGAGCCUGAACUCAGGGUCACAGGCCACACCUGAGGCCUCCCCCCAUCAGGUGGGUGUCCCCGUUACCCCGACCCCCUCGCUUCCAUCCCAGGGAACAUAGAGGGAAGAGAGAAACUCUUCCUAGAGCCCUGGGAGAUGUUGUUGACGCUGAUUUCCACUGGCACCAAGAAAGCGAACUCUGAUCUGCUCCGCUAUGUCUUCGUUCAAACAUGUACUGAGCGGCCACCUGGCACCAGCCGCUAAGUACUCUUCCGGGUGCUGGGAAUGCGGUCGUGAUCAGAAUGGACAAGAUUCCCUGUGUUCGCGGGGCUCAUGUAUAAGUGGGGGAGGCAGAUGGUAAAGAGAAGCACAAAUGUAAGAGACCACACCAGAUGCUGUACCAGUGCCGGAGGAGGGAUGAAGUGGGGUGAGGGCCGGAGUGCUGGUGGUCAGCAGGACCUCGGGACAGAAACACGGCUUUGCUGGCUGAGAUGCUGCUUGAUAUUCAAUCCCCCCCGCCCUGCCCCUGCCCCGUAGUUUCUGAUGAUGGAGACUUUCAAACAUGCACAAGAGUAGAAUAGCACACUGGACUCUCAUGUUCUAUCACCAGCCCCGCAGACCCUCGGCCCGCGGCGAGCCCUGCCCCGUCCACUCACCCCCGCCCCAUCCCACAGGAUUUUCCCCAGAGAAAAGUUGAAAGAAGUGUAGAGGGAACACUCAACAUUCCCACUCCCCAGUCCUGCAGCUAACAUUCGGUCUUUGCUUUAUCACCUCUCCACUCGUCGGUCUAUUUUAACAGGUGGGCUUUCCUUUGAAUUUCUUGAUGCAUUUUAAAGUAAGUUGCUGACAUCAGUACCCUUCACCUGUAAGCACUUCAGCAUGCUUCCUGUUAACUAACAUUCAAUGUUUGUUUAUAUAUUUUGAG